GAUCAGCUGAUUGAGGAGGAGCGACGGGGAAGGUAAGCCAUCUUUCCCCGGCAGACUGAUAACGACCCGACCGAACCCGAUAGACAUUACAAAGACAGCAAAAAUGCUCAUGGGUUCAGCUCAUUGUCUGUGGAGCUUUGAGGACGGCGACACGGAGUGACACUGCGAGGACAAGGCAGGCGAAGCCGCAGAUUGGUCUGCAAACGGCACCACAACCUCAAGUAAUAAUUUAAAGAUCGGAAAACACAGUUUGGAUGAUCAUUAUCUCAGUAUGAUUGGAUGCUGCUUUUGCAAUGGUAUAAGUGUUGCAAUUUUGGAGAAGGACAGUGUUCGUAAACCUGUCGUGGAUCGACAUCAAAGUGUUUCUGAUGUAAACAAACGCCUAUCGCAGGCUAGUUUCAGCCCCUGUGGAGUUAGCUUUGGUGCUAGUCUUUAUCGUCACUGAGACAUCACGACCAAAAGGACCAGCUACGAUACAACUUCCAUUGAAAACAACAGCAUUUAAAUGCUUGUUGAGCACAUUGUACCUCACAACUAUAAUUAACGGUGAAUGACAGCAGCUGCCUUUAUGUAAGUCAGCCCGUUAUCUAUUAGCUUUCAGGCUAAAUUGCUAAUUGAAUUGACUGAAAUCAUAAGAGAAAACGUAAAACGUUUUCUUAACAAUUGUUGUUUAGUGUAGGUGGUUAAUAUAUGGAGUAUGGAGAGAUGAACAACGGACGGUAGUGUGUGGCACUGUCUGAGCAACAGAGUUUGAUUUGGACUUGUCUACUCCCGGGGGGAGCAGAUAAGGCGAGAGCUGUUGAACACAGUCUAACGAAAUACAGGCCCCUCUGUUCAGAGUGUACUCAUUCGGCAUUAGGACGGUGAAGUGAGGUUUCUGCUUGUUUUCAUGUCCUUUUGAGUUUUACUUAAAAGUAUCGCGUACAUCUAUGUACGUGUUGGUGGAUGAUGAGGGUUUAACAUGUAGUUGUGGGUCCAGCUAAGCUCUCAGCUGUGUUUGGCUUGUUGUUGCGGCCCCUCCCCCAGUCUCCAAUCUGCCCUGGAGUUGGUGACUUUUCUUCACUUUAGACUGAACACGGCAGCUCGCAGUGGGGGCUUUCAGCAGUGGAUGUAAUGGAACUGAUGUUCGCCGAGUGGGAGGAUGGGGAAAGGUUCUCCUUCGAAGACUCAGACCGGUUCGAGGAAGAUUCGUUGUGUUCGUUUAUUUCCGAAGCGGAGAGCCUGUGUCAGAACUGGAGAGGCUGGAGGAAACAGUCUGCGGGACCCAACUCCCCCACUGUCAAGAUAAAAGAUGGUCUGGUGAUCCCACUGGUAGAGCUGUCAGCCAAACAGGUUGCUUUCCACAUUCCUUUUGAAGUAGUGGAAAAGGUCUACCCUCCAGUGCCUGAACAACUCCAGCUACGCAUCGCUUAUUGGAGCUUCCCUGAAAAUGAAGAGGACAUCAGAUUGUACUCAUGCCUGGCUAAUGGGAGUCCAGAUGAAUUCCAGCGUGGAGAGCAGCUUUACCGAAUCAGAGCUGUUAAAGACCCUCUGCAGAUAGGUUUCCAUUUGAGUGCAACAGUAGUGUCCAGCCAGACUGGACAGUCGAAGGGAGCGUAUAACGUGGCGGUCAUGUUUGACCGCUGCCGCAUCACUUCCUGCAGCUGUACCUGUGGGGCUGGGGCCAAGUGGUGUGCCCAUGUGGUAGCACUGUGUCUCUUCAGGAUACACAAUGCCUCUGCCGUGUGCCUGAGAGCCCCAGUUUCAGAGUCUUUGUCCAGGCUGCAGAGAGACCAGCUCCAGAAAUUUGCUCAGUACCUCAUCAGUGAGCUGCCACAGCAGAUCCUGCCUACAGCACAACGGCUACUUGACGAACUGCUGUCCUCUCAGUCAACAGCCAUCAAUACUGUGUGUGGAGCUCCUGAUCCUACUGCUGGACCCUCUGCUUCAGACCAAAGUACCUGGUAUCUGGAUGAAUCCACUCUUAGUGACAAUAUUAAAAAGACUCUUCACAAGUUCUGUGGGCCUUCCCCUGUCGUCUUUAGUGAUGUGAACUCCAUGUACCUGUCGUCCACGGAGCCCCCUGCUGCUGCAGAGUGGGCGUGUCUACUCCGCCCCCUCCGGGGUCGUGAACCUGAAGGCAUCUGGAACCUCUUGUCUAUUGUCAGGGAGAUGUUCAAGAGACGAGACAGCAACGCUGCACCUCUGCUGGAGAUCCUCACAGAGCAGUGCCUCACCUAUGAACAGAUCAUCAGCUGGUGGUACAGCGUGCGCACCUCAGCGUCCCACAGCAGUGCGAGUGGCCACACUGGGCGCAGCAAUGGGCAGUCAGAGGUGGCAGCUCAUGCCUGUGCCAGCAUGUGUGACGAGAUGGUCGUGCUUUGGAGGCUCGCAGUACUAGACCCGACCAUGAGUCCAUGCAGGCGCAUGGAAAUGGCCAGUCAACUGAAACUGUGGCAUUUAAAAGUAAUUGAAAUUGUGAAGCGUGGUCAGCAUCGGAAGUCCUUGGACAAGUUGUUCCAGGGUUUCAAACCUGCUCUGGAAUCCUGUUAUUUCAACUGGGAGGUGGCUUACCCAUUGGAGGGAAUUACCUAUUGCAGUACUGACAAGAAGAGCGCCACCUUCUGCUGGUCCAGAGCACUUCAUAACCACAGAGGAGUUAAAGCGACAGCAGUCCCAGCUGUUGGGGAUUCUCAAGAAGUCUGUGGAGGCAAGUGUGAGGGCGGAGCUCUGCGUGGAUCUCAGCAGGAGGUAGCAGUGCGGCCAAAGGAAAGUGUUUUGAGCAAGAGGAAAGGGCUGUCUGUGAGCGGAGGUGGGGGGAUGCUGGUGCGGUUAGGUGGCAGCAUGUCACUUUCUUUAGAUGAUGCAGGAGGAAAGUGCUUGUACAAAGGUGGAAACUCAUCUGGAGGGAAGCUCAAGAUUUCCCAGGGUGGAGCUAGUGGAAAGGGGGCUUUAUCAGGAGGUAGUGGUGGGUUAGGAGGAGGAAAGCACUCAAGCAACAAGCGCAGAACUAGCAGUGAGGACAGCUCUCUGGAGCCUGACAUGGCCGAGCUCAGUCUAGAUGAUGGCUGCAGCUUGGCUUUAGGAGCGGAGGCCAGUAACACUUUUGAGUUCCUGCCUCCACCGCCUGAGAUGCUGCCCUCCCCUAGCCCCUUGCUCCGAGAGCCCCGCAAGAGCAGCACCGGCUCAAACAAGAUGUUUGACUCGAAACGCCAUAGCCCUGCUGCACCACCUGCUUCUGACCUUCCCUGUUUGACUACUGGUGAGACCAUUCUGAUAGUAAGGUCUAAUGGUACAGAGAACAACAAUGAGUCUGGACCAAUCAAUGUUAGGAAGGAGGAAGUAGAUCCAGGUGAUAUUGCCCUCUCGGCUUCCUCUGCUGAGAAACCAGGUCCUGUUCCCAUUGCCUCUAAGCUUCCUGUGGAUCAGAGGGAGGCAGGGGCAAGUGGAGGCCGUGGGGCAGAGGGCGGAGAGGACCCUGCUGUGGGAGAUGAUGACUAUCAAGCCUACUACUUGAGUGCAGCCUCUGAAGAGGGAGCAGACAGACAGCUGGUGGAAAGCCAUCAGGAUGAUGAACCAGACAUCUUUGCAGGCAUAAAGCCUCUGGAGCAGGAGGGCCGCAUGGAGGUGGUAUUUGCCUGUGCUGAAGCUCUUCAUGCCCAUGGAUACAGUAAUGAGGCUUGCAGGCUGGCUGUGGAGUUAGCCAGAGACUUGCUCGCCAACCCCCCGGACCUAAAAGUUGAGCAGCCACAGACCAAGGGUAAAAAGAGCAAGGUUUCAACGAGUCGACAAACACAGACUGCCACCAACACUUUGUCAAAAACUGCUUUUCUCCUCACUGUGCUCAGUGAAAGGCUGGAGCUCCACAACCUGGCUUUCUGCACUGGCAUGUUCUCUCUAGAGCUGCAGAGACCUCCAGCAUCAACCAAAGCUUUGGAGGUCAAGCUGGCCUACCAAGAGUCAGAGAUUGUGGCUCUGUUAAAAAAGAUUCCUUUGGGCCUAGUGGAGAUGUCAACAAUCAGAGAGCGCGCUGAACAGCUCAGAGAUGGAAACUUUUGUGAUUACCGACCUGUGUUGCCUCUCAUGUUGGCCAGCUUCAUUUUUGAUGUCUUGUGUACACCCGUUGUGUCACCAACAGGCUCCCGUCCACCAAGUCGCAACCGGAACAAUGAGAUGCCUGGUGAUGAGGAGCUGGGUUUUGAAGCUGCUGUUGCUGCACUUGGUAUGAAGACAACAGUGAGUGAGGCAGAGCAUCCUCUUCUAUGUGAAGGAACUCGGAGAGUGAAAGGAGACUUGGCAUUAGCCCUUAUGAUAACAUACAAAGAUGACCAAAGCAAGCUCAAGAAGAUACUGGACAAGCUGUUGGACAGAGAAAGUCAAACUCACAAACCCCAAACCCUGAGCUCGUUCUACUCAAGUAAACCUGCAGCAAGCAGUCAGAGGAGCCCAUCCAAACAUGCCACUACAAGUCACGGAGGAGUAGGGGGAGCUUCUGGAGGACUCUCUAAACACACACCGUCCUCUGCUACCCCUCUCCCGGCCUCUACCACUAACCAGUCUACUGCAGUGAGCUUGGCCCCUGAUGAGAUCAAUAAUCAGCAAGAGCUCAGCCAAAUGCAGAAUACUUUAUCUGGAGAGAGCGCCUCAGAGGCCAAAGAGCACGAGGGACCUUCUACAUCCAGCGAGCAGCAGAAUGAGACGGUGCUUUUCAAGUUGGAGACCACCGUCCCAAGCCGCUUAGCUCGCUAUGGUUACAACCAACGGUGCUGGGGGUCACCUGUUCGACAAAAGAAGAAACAUACUGGAAUGGCAAGUAUUGACAGCAGCGCUCCAGAAACCACCUCGGACAGUUCGCCCACCCUGAGCCGCAGGCCUUUGCGUGGGGGCUGGGCUGCAGCGUCAUGGGGCAGGGGGCAGGAUAGUGACAGCAUCAGCAGCUCCUCUUCUGAUUCUUUGGGUUCAUCAUCCUCUAGCGGCUCACGGAGAGCAGGGGGUGGGGCCAGGGCAAAAAACACUGACACAAGCAGGUACAAAGGACGGCGCCCAGAAUGCCAUGCUCCGCAUGUUCCUAACCAGCCUUCGGAGGCUGCUGCGCAUUUCUACUUUGAGCUGGCCAAGACAGUGUUGAUAAAAGCUGGAGGGAAUUCAUCUACAUCUAUAUUCACACAGCCUUCAGCCAGCGGGGGGCACCAGGGUCCUCACAGGAACCUGCACCUUUGUGCCUUUGAGAUUGGCUUAUAUGCUCUCGGCCUCCACAACUUUGUGUCUCCUAACUGGCUGUCCAGGACUUACUCCUCACAUGUGUCCUGGAUUACUGGCCAGGCCAUGGAGAUCGGCAGUGCUGCUCUCAAUAUCCUGGUGGAGUGUUGGGAUGGUCACCUGACCCCACCAGAAGUGGCGUCUUUGGCAGACCGAGCCUCCAGGGCCAGAGACCCCAAUAUGGUCCGAGCAGCAGCAGAACUGGCUCUGAGCUGUCUGCCUCAUGCUCAUGCCCUCAAUCCUAAUGAAAUUCAGAGAGCACUAGUGCAGUGCAAAGAACAGGACAAUGUUAUGCUGGAGAAAGCCUGUAUGGCAGUGGAGGAAGCAGCAAAGGGUGGUGGGGUGUAUCCGGAGGUUCUCUUUGAGGUGGCCCAUCAGUGGUACUGGCUGUAUGAGCAGUCAGUCGGUGGAAGUUCUGGGCAACAACGUGAAGCAUCCAGCCGCUGUGGAGCUAAUGGGGGCUCAGGCAGGCGCCCCCCAGAGGCCAACUGUGUUCUUGACAAUGGUUCUAAUUUGGAUGCCCCAGGCGUGGCCACUGUCACAGCAUCUGUCACUGCCACAGCUGUUGUACCUGUCAUCUCUGUGGGCUCCACCAUCUACCAGUCCCAUGCUAUGCCUGGCCAAGCCAUAGCCCAUCCUCAUGGCCAAGGCCUGCAUCCUUACACCACCCUGCAGGCGCAUCUUCCCACAGUCUGUACCCCUCAGUACAUGGGGCACCCUCUGCAGCAUGUCCCACGACCAGCUGUUUUCCCUGUCUCUGGAGCAGCUUAUCCACAGGGGAUGCACCCUGCCUUUAUUGGUGCUCAGUACCCUUUCUCUGUUGCAACUGGCCCUCCUCCUCCAAUUGCAGCCACUGCAGUAACCUUUCCUGGUGUGCCUGUUCCAUCUAUGACGCAGAUUGCAGUGCAUCCAUAUCACACAGAGACAGGCUUGCCCCUCAGCACCACUGUAGCAGUGGGCAGUGUCCACACGGGCACCACCAUUCAGACCAUGCAGGGGGCAUCUAUGCCCUCCCUCUCGUCACAGCCAGGGCCAUUAGUUAGUCCUCCAUUCCCCACAGAGGAAGAGCAACACAGCCAGCCGCUCAGCCAGCAAGGCCUGCACUAUCUCCACUCAGCCUACAGAGUUGGGAUGCUAGCACUGGAGAUGCUUGGGAGAAGAGCCCAUAAUGAUCAUCCAAACAACUUCUCCCGCAGCCCUCCGUACACAGAGGAUGUCAAAUGGCUAUUGGGAUUGGCUGCACGAUUAGGGGUCAAUUAUGUGUACCAAUUCUGUGUUGGGGCAGCAAAAGGAGUCCUUAGUCCUUUUGUUCUGCAGGAAAUUAUCAUGGAGGCCCUGCAGAGGCUUAACCCAGCUCACAUCCAUGCUCACCUUCGAACUCCAGCUUUCCACCAGCUUGUACAGCGGUGCCAACAAGCAUACCUGCAGUACAUCCACCAUCGGCUCAUCCAUUUGACACCAGCAGACUACGAUGACUUUGUCAACAUUAUCCGUAGCGCUCGGGGAGCCUUCUGCCUCACACCAGUGGGAGUCAUGCAGUUCAACGAUGUGCUGCAGAAUCUGAAGAGGGGCAAACAGACCAAGGAGCUGUGGCAGCGCAUUUCUCUGGAGAUGACGACCUUUUCCCCCUGAGCAGAGACUCCUGGACUAUCUGGCCUCCUUGUGUCUCCACACUGCACCUAAGUCCUAAUAUCUGGCGUGUUCUCUCUGACCCAUAGAAAGUGUAUUGAUUUUUGUGUCUGUCCAUCUUUCCGGUCCUGGUCAUGUCUUGUUUUGUUAUUAUGGUCUGUGGAACUGCUCUAAUAUUUUCUUUAAAGAAAUCAUCCUUUGGUCUUGUGUAGAAUUGAAAACACAGCCAAGGUGUUCACAUUUUUUUAUGUUUUUAAUUCUUUCCCUGCAUUAGUAGUUUUUAUGUUGAAACCGCCAAGUGGCUCUGUGCUGCAGCAUUCCUGUCCAUUGUGAUGGGUGUAGUGAGGAUCUCACCUCUGAGCUGCGGAUUUGAAUUUUUGCAGUAUGGGAGAACAUGAGGAAAACAUUUCCUAAGAAAAAAAUCUGUACCACACAUUCUUCAGUAUUGUUUAAACUCUUUUGAUACUUUGUAAUAUGUAUUCAAAAUUAUGUUUGUUAAAGAAAUGAAAGAGUUAUUCGUUAAGGUGUGCUUAUGUUGAACCCUGGUUUCUGUCUAAACCCGUUAGAGAAUGAGAUUUAAGGUGAACACAGCCAUAGAGUUAAAAUAAGAUUUGUGAAAAUUGAGAGAACAGUUUGUUUUCCAUAAACAUAGUGCCAUUUAAGUAAUUUUGUGUUUUUCCAAUCAGGUUUGAUGUGAAAAAUCACCUGGUGGUUACAAAUACAAUCACAAUGAUGAAAAUACAUAAUGACAGCACUUCAAAUUUUAAUUUACAAAAGUCAAACAACAACAUAGAGAGUAAGUCCAUCCAAUUUAAAAUACAGCCCAUUUUACUAAAUUGAACUGCACUAUAAUUGAUAGAAUCACAAACAUCUCAUCUAUCGUAUUGACUUUGUUUUGUCAUUCAUCCUUGACAUGUGAUGCAAUCAGGGUGCUAUUUUAUUCCAGGUUCAAAGAUGAAUUAUAGGACAGAUCGAAUUUAUUACAAUCUCCUGAACAUGUGGUUGUCCUCCAAAUUUCGAGAAAAUGGUGUAUGUUUUCUUCCCUCAACACAAAGCAGAAUGCUUGGGAGUUUGGGAGAAUCUAAAUUCUCAGCAUUUGUGGAGCAAUUUCUCUGUGAUGGAAAUCUUGUGCAGAAGUAAUGGGACUCUCCGGAGGCGCGGUGCUCUUAAUUCCUCCAGACUUGGUGAUGUUCCAUCGGCAGCUGUUGCUCCACCUCCUCUCACACGGCUCUGGGUCUCACAGAUAGCCUAAAGGUUUUUUGGUAGAAAUGUACUGUGAUAUUUUUGUAUUUCUCAGAGUGUAGCUUGAUUGAUAAAUUCAAUAUGUGCUCAUUGCAAAAAGUUAUGACAUGUUAUUGAGUAUAAAAAACAGACUGAAGCAAUACUACACAUGUAGAAACUACUUAAUAAAACAUUUGAAAGCAUUGGUUGCAUCAGGA